AUGCCCGAGAUCAAUGCUACAGCUCUUGAGGCUCUGCGGAGUCGCCUCAAGGCCGCGACUAUCUAUACACCUGAAUCAGAGGGUUACAAAGAUAUCAUAGUCCGUUGGUCGGACACUGGAAUGAAAUAUGCGGGAGUGGUAGUCCAACCAAUUGAUGCGUUGGAUAUCUCGAUCGCGCUGUUGUGGGCGCAGGAAUAUAGUAUCGACCUUGCCGUGAAAGGUGGAGGCCAUUCAACCGCCGGCACAAGCUCGAGCGAUGGCGGCCUGGUCAUUGAUCUGUCGCGUAUGAACCAAGUGACGGUAGAUAUCGAGCAGAAGACUAUCACCACCCAGGGUGGAGCAACCUGGAAGGAAGUCGAUGAAGCUGGUGCAGCCCACGGUUUGGCGGCCGUAGGGGGUACCGUGAACCACACUGGCGUCGGUGGUCUCACUUUAGGGGGUGGCUAUGGCUGGCUGAGCGGAGAGUAUGGCCUUACUAUUGACAAUCUACUAUCGGCGACCGUCGUUUUAGCCGAUGGUCGUAUUGUCACGGCCUCUGCCACUGAGAAUGUCGACCUGUUUUGGGGGCUGCGAGGUGCAGGGUACAACUUUGGUGUCGUGGUAGACUUUACCUACCAGGCCUAUGACCAAAAGGAUCCAGUGUACUCUGGCCUCCUUGGAUUCACUCCCGAUAAAUUGGAAGGAAUUAUGGAUGCUUUGAAUGAAACUCUGGCAAAUCCCGACUCUCGCUUCGGUGCGAUGUGCAUUUUUGCACUGGCACCAGAUGGAUCUGGGCCGAUGAUCAUCGUGAUUGGCUUCUACAAUGGCCCACGCGAAGAAGGUCAAAAGAAAUUCGCCAGCUUCAUAGCCCUUGAGCCAGUUUUGAACACCGUUGAUAUGAUCCCGUACUCUGUGGUGAACACCCUGCAGAACCCCGUUGCAACCUACGGUGGUCGAAAGUCGUUUAAGGGCAUUUUCUACGAGCCGCCAUUGGAUCCUCACUUUGCAAGGGUGAUUUUCAAUGAUUUCAUGGCCAAAAUUGAGAGUGAACCGGAUCUCAAGGCAUCUGCCAUCAUCCUCGAGUUCACCGAUAUGCGCAAGAUUUGCGAAGUGCCGCUGACUGCGACCGCCCUAGCAAGCCGAAAUCCUACUCAGAAUGGCAUCAUUUUCCUAAAAUGGACCGACCCAUCCAAAGAUCUGGAGCAUCGCGCUUGGGCACGAGAAGUCCAGUCCAAGUGGAAGGUUGAAUUGGAUGCCAGAACCAAAGACCAGGGUGAGGAUUCAAGCGUACCUCAGUACAUCAACUAUGCAGAACCUGGUGACUCGGUGGUAAGCAAUAUCUAUGGCGUGAACUUUGAGAGACUGCAAGAGGUGAAGGCGAAGUAUGAUCCAAAGAACGUUUUCCACAAAAUGCAGCCAAUCGCAACUGGUGCAUCCGUUGGCAAGAAGGAAUAG